UUGGCCGCGGUGGCCACAGGAAGGCUAGCCGGAGGGUAAUUACACAGGUGAGGCCCUGCGGGGCGGGCGGAGCUCCGGGGGAGGCGCUAGGGGGGUCCUGAAGACUUUGCUGCGCCCAGGCACCAGGACCGAGGAUUUCUUCCCAGCCACUGCGGAGGUGCCACUGUUCCCAGCGGCGUUUUUUUCAAAGGGCAUUUUGAAAACGGGGCAAUAGCCACAGAAUCAGCAAGCCUGUUGAAGGAACCCACAAGUGUAUUUCACAGCACCUUGAGUGGAAAUUGGAUGUGAAAAUGAAGCCAGACCGAGAUACUCUAGAUGAAUAUUUUGAAUAUGAUGCAGAGGAGUUCUUGGUCUCUUUGGCCUUGUUAAUAACAGAAGGUCGAACACCUGAAUGUUCUGUAAAAGGUCGCACGGAAAGUUUCCAUUGCCCUCCAGCACAGUCAUGUUACCCAGUAACUAGCAAACAUGAGUGCAGUGACAAGCUGGCUCAGUGUCGUCAAGCCAGAAGAACUAGAUCUGAGGUCUCGUUGUUGUGGAAGAAUAACCUUCCAAUCAUGGUGGAAGUCAUGCUACUCCCAGACUGCUGCUACAGUGAUGAUGGGCCCACCACAGAAGGAAUUGAUCUCAAUGAUCCUGCAAUUAAGCAAGAUGCAUUAUUAUUAGAAAGAUGGAUUUUGGAGCCAGUUCCUCGACAGAGUGGAGAUCGAUUUAUUGAAGAGAAGUCUCUUCUGUUGGCUGUCCGCUCAUUUGUGUUUUUUUCCCAAUUAAGUGCUUGGCUGAGUGUUUCUCAUGGUGCUAUUCCACGAAAUAUUCUUUACAGAAUCAGUGCUGCUGAUGUAGACCUGCAGUGGAAUUUUUCACAGACUCCAAUUGAACAUGUGUUUCCUGUUCCCAAUGUUUCUCACAAUGUGGCCUUGAAAGUCAGCGUUCAGUCCUUGCCCAGACAAUCUAAUUACCCAAUGUUGACCUGUAGUAUUCAUGCUAAUGUUGGCCUUUAUGAGAAAAGAAUUCAAGAACAUGAACUUAAAGCCCAUCAGCACCGCAAUUCUAAAGAAGCAGAACAAAGUAAUACAAAUAGUUCACAGCGUCUGUGUAGCAAACAAUCUUGGACCAUGGCACCCGAAAGCAUAUUACAUGCAAAAAAUGGCACAACUCCAGAAUGUAUUGCAGCCGUCAAAAAUGUCAAACUGUAUCCAGGCACUGGCAGUAAAUCUGACCAUGGAACAUGUCAAGCCAAUAUUCUGGGCUUCAGUGGUAGAGGAGAUAAAAAGUCACAUGAAACACCAGUGAGAACUUUAAAAUCAUUUUCAAUGAUUAAUUCUAGUGUCUCUAGCCGCCAGAGUUCCUGGCAAUCCGUUGGUGAGACUAAUCCUUUAAUAGACUCUUUAAUUCAGGAGCGACAAGAAGUUAUUGCAAGAAUUGCUCAGCAUUUGAUUCAUUGUGAUCCAAGCACUUCACAUGUUUCUGGACAUCCAUUUAAUAUGCAGCAGUCUAGUUCACUUAAUUCAAAACUUUCCCGCGUUUCACAGGAAAAUGAAAAUGUGAGAAAAUGUAAAGAAACAUUCUCUCUUUCUUUUGGUAGUCCAGAGCUUACCUCCUCAGAAGACACCAGUGAGGGAAAAAUUCAAGUAAAACCAGAAACUCCUCAAAGUGCCUCUGGCAUUUCUGAUGGUCUUUAUUCUCGUCAGUCUGUUGGUGAGACUAAUCCUUUGAUAGGCUCUUUACUCCAGGAGCGCCAAGAUGUUAUCGCAAGGAUUGCUCAACACUUGGAGCAUAUUGAUCCAACAGUGUCACAUAUAUCCCGGCAGUCAUUCAACGUGCAUGACUCCAAUUCGGUUCCUUCUAAAGUAUUCAGGAGUUUGUAUGAAGACAAAAGUUUGUUGAAGAAAAACAGGGAUGACACCUCCAUUUCCAUUUCUAAUACAAAAUUUUCUUUAUUAGAAGACAGCAGUGAAGGGGAAAACUUAAUACCCAAUAAAUCAUUGAGUUCUUUUCAAUGCAAUAGUAAAGUCAAGUCCUCUUUGAAACCUCAAAUAAGAAGAACUCUGUAUCAGGACAAUCCUAACGAAAUCAUUCAAAAUACAUUUCUAGAGACACAGAACAAAGCUACUGGUGUUUUGACUCCCUCAAAUAUGUCUCACUGCAAAAAAAAUAACUUAGAUUUGAUAGUUAGAUUGGAAACUGCACUUUCUGACUGUCAAUUUAAGGAGCAAGAAAUUAUCCGUGAAGUUGAUAAAAAGUAUUCAAAUUGCAACAGUAUUGACAAACAGACUUGCACAAAUAAGUAUAAGGAAAAAGUAAUAAAAAAUGAAAAUUGUAAUCCAGAAUCUUUUAACAAUCACCAAUUUGAGAAUCCCAAGAAAAAUAACUCAAAAAUAAAAACUACUAUGUUGGAAAUGUCUGGAUAUUUGAACAAACAUGAAAAUAAGUGCUCAAAUAAAGACUCAAAAAGGCCCAAGACAUGUGAGCAAAAUACUCAACUUAAUAGUGUAGAAAAUUAUCUCAACGAUAUUGAAGUUUUCAAAUGCAAAAAGCCAGACUCAUUGAAAAAUGAACAGGAUAAGAAAGAAGAAACAGUUGAUGAGAAGUCGCAGAACUGUUCUCAGAGAAAGACUAUAAAAAACUGUUUGUCUACAUGUGAACGACUGAAAAGUACAGAGGUAUUGCAGAAGACUAUACCAGUGAAACAUUCAAGUGUCUGGCGGAAACAUAAUUUUCAUUCCUUAGAUGGAACUUCAACCAGAGCCUUUCAUCCUCGAACUGGAUUGCCUCUUCUUUCAAGUCCUGUUCCUCAAAGAAAGACACAAUCAGGUUGCUUUGAUUUGGAUUCUUCAUUACUGCAUCUGAAAAGCUUAUCAUCUCAAAGUCCUCGGCCAUGUUUAAACAUUGAAGAUGAUCCAGAUAUUCACGAAAAACCAUUUCUGAGUUCUAGUGCUCCACCUCUAACAAGCCUUAGUCUCUUAGGAAAUUUUGAGGAAUCUGUCUUAAACUAUCGGUUAGACCCUCUUGGCAUUGUUGAUGGUUUCACUGCCGAGGUAGGGGCAAGUGGUGUUUUCUGCCCCACACAUUUGACUCUUCCCGUUGAAGUGUCAUUCUACAGUGUUUCAGAUGAUAAUGCUCCCUCUCCUUAUAUGGGUGUGAUUACUUUAGAGUCCCUUGGUAAAAGGGGUUAUCGAGUACCUCCUUCAGGAACAAUACAAGUGACCUUAUUUAAUCCUAAUAAGACUGUGGUGAAGAUGUUUGUUGUGAUAUAUGACUUACGAGAUAUGCCAGCCAAUCAUCAGACAUUCCUUCGACAAAGAACUUUUUCUGUACCUGUUAAACAAGAAAUGAAGAGAACUGUUAAUAAAGAAAACAUCCGACAUGCAGAAGAACGGUUAUUACGCUACCUCAUACAUCUGAGGUUCCAGAGUUCUAAAUCUGGAAAGAUCUACCUCCAUAGAGAUGUACGGCUCCUGUUCUCAAGAAAGUCAAUGGAAGUUGAUAGCGGUGCUGCGUAUGAACUCAAAUCUUACACUGAAUCGCCAACAAACCCUCAGUUUUCACCAAGAUGUUGAUAAGGAGUGACAAUUUAAAGUAUUCGCUCAGUACCCAAGUUGGGAAGUAAAAAUUAGCGUAGAACGGAGUGUACCAAUUAACAACCAGGAGAGUGGAUCCUCUCCUGUUAUCCUGGACCAGUUUUUAUUAAAGGAUUCCUGGAAUGAGAUCCACAUAUUCCAAGUAGACUGGAAACACUCAUGUCCUAAUAAUCCUUUUUGUACUGUUGAAACCACUUCAUUGGACAUGUUGCAAUAGCAACCCCCCCCCCAGUUAGAUUAGUGUUGACACAUUUUAUUUCUCAGUUAUUUAAUAUUUAAUGUUUUCCUUAAUACUCAAGUGAUGUUUGUCUCUAGUGUUCUAAUGUAGCACAAAUCCUAUGUAAAAUCAUACUAUGUAUUUUUGACAUUAAUGUUGAAAUCCAAAAUAUAUGCACAAAUCUUUAAUUUUGUGUGAUGUGUUUUAAGUACUAUUCAUUUAAUUUAUUGAAAAUGAGAAUGAAAUGUUGAGCUUCUUUAACGCACUAUGCAAGCAUGUGUACUUUUUAUAUCUCUCAGCUCUAGUUUUUACCCCAUCCAGGUUGCUGUAGUCCUUUAACAUGCUGUUUUGGCAGUGCAAUGUGGACUAAGCUGCUUCACAUUCCCUUUGCAAGUUCAAAUCAUUAUGCCCAUUCAUACUCCUUCUAGAACUCCUUAUCCCUAAAACAGUUCUAUUUUUCCUUAAUUACUACUACAGAGGCUUUACAUUAAAUUGCUGUCCCAUGCUAGAUAACUUUUGCAAAUUGUUAAAAAGAAUAUGUACUUUGAAAGUCAAUUUAGUAUUUAUAUUGUAAAUAUA